CAUUUCUGUAGCUCCUCUGAUACUCCUGCACAACCAUCGUCAGACUGGGUAAGCUGGGAGUGCCGGCUGAAUGAAACAGGCAGCAGCGUGUUGCUCGACAGAAAAGGUAGCUUCUGGUUACAAACUUUGGACCAAUCAGGGCGCUGCUUCGCUUUCCUGCCGCAGGAGCAACAGAAGUUCAACCUGGACCCCUUCACGAAGAAACUAUCUGCUCUAAAUUCAUACUGACAAUGCCUUUUCACUUCCGCUGACAUAUCUGAUAGCCAACUAAUUGUCACUGAAGGAAACGUUUCCGAGCGAUGACAAUGUUGGGCAUGUAUGUGCCAGACAGAUUUUCUCUGAAGUCGUCAAAGGUCCAGGAUGGAAUCGGUCUAUACACGGCGAGGCGAGUCAAAAAGGGAGAAAAGUUUGGCCCGUUUGCUGGUGAGAAAAAGCUGCCCAGUGAGUUGGAUGAAAGCUCGGACACCAGGCUGAUGUGGGAGGUCCGUGGCAGUAAAGGAGAUGUUCUGUAUAUUCUGGAUGCGAGCAAUCCCCGCUAUGCCAACUGGCUGCGGUUUGUCCAUCAGGCGCCUUCGCAGGAGCAGAAGAACUUGGCAGCCAUUCAGGACGGAGAGAACAUCUUCUACCUGGCUGUGGAUGACAUAGAGACAGACACGGAGCUCCUGAUAGGCUACCUGGACAGUGAUAUGGAAGAGGAGGAAGAAGAAGAGGAAGAGGAUAUUAAAGAUGAAGAUGAGAAUAGUAAAGAGGCCAAGCACCUUGUAGAAAUGGAACUAGUAAUAAAGAAGGAGGACCACCCCUGCUUGCUGUGUGAGAGCAGUUUUCCGAGUGAAGAGAUCCUGGCUGCCCACCUCCAGAGUUUGCACCAGAGGCCCAGCACAGAGGAGAAGGAGUUCAAAUGCAGGAACUGUGGCAAAAAGUUUCCCAUCAAACAGGCUCUGCAGCGCCAUGUUUUGCAUUGUUCUGAGUCACUAGACCCAUCAGCUGACUCCAAAGCCCAUCAGUGCUCCCUGUGCCAUUACACAUUCAGCUCAGAGUCCAGUUUUGAACAACAUAAGGAAGCCUGUAAAGGAGAUGCCAGGUUUAUAUGUAAAGCCGAGAGCUGCGGCAAAAGAUUUAAGAGCAAAGACGCUCUGAAGAAGCAUAAAGGAAAUGUUCACACAGGGAGUGCACGACGGAAACUCACAUGCACCAUAUGCAACAGAAAAUGCUCCUCUUCCCUGAAUUUACAAGAACACAGGAAGAUACACGAAAUAUUUGAAUGCCACGCUUGUGACAAAAAGUUCAUCUCUACAAAUCAACUGAAACGCCACAUGAUAACACACUCAGAGAAGCGACCGUACACCUGUGAGAUCUGCAGUCGGUCAUUCAAGCGUUUGGACCAGGUGACGGCUCACAAGAUCAUCCACAGCGAGGACAAACCGUACAAAUGUAAGCUGUGUGGGAAGGAGUUUGCACACCGCAAUGUCUACAAGAAUCACAAGAAGACGCACUCCGAGGAAAGGCCUUUCCAGUGUGAGGAAUGCAAAGCGCUGUUCCGCACCCCCUUCUCUUUACAGCGUCAUCUUCUCAUCCACAAUAGUGAGAGAACAUUCAAGUGUGACCAGUGUGACGCCACCUUCAAGAGGAAGGACACGCUCAACGUCCACAUCCAGGUGGUGCACGACGGCCACAAGAAGUACAAGUGCGACCUGUGCGAGAAGGCUUUUGUCACUCCUUCUGUCCUCAAGAGCCACAAGAAGACACACACGGGGGAGAAGGAGAAGAUCUGCCCAUACUGCGGGCAAAAGUUCGCCAGCAACGGCACGCUAAGGGUCCACAUCCGCAGCCAUACAGGUGAGCGCCCAUAUCAGUGUCCUUACUGUGACAAAGCAUUUAGCAAGAACGAUGGCCUGAAGAUGCACAUCCGCACACACACUCGUGAGAAGCCGUAUAAAUGCAGUGAGUGCAACAAGGCCUUCAGCCAGAAACGAGGACUGGACGAGCACAUGAGGACCCACACAGGAGAGAAGCCUUUUCAAUGUGAUGUCUGCGACCUUUCAUUCAGCUUGAAGAAGAUGCUCAGCAGGCACAAGCUGACGCACAACCCCAACCGACCGAUGGCAGAGUGCCAGCUGUGCCACAAGAAGUUCACCAGGAACGACUACCUCAAAGUCCAUAUGGAGAAUGUCCACGGGGAAACGGAGAGUUAGAGCCAAUUAAGGAAGCACUGGCUAAAAACGAGAUCUUAUUCUUCAGAUAAACUUCAGUCUUGUGCUCUAAGAUGAUAUGCAGAUAGAAAGAUAGCAGAAAUGUUGCUAAUAAUGAUACAUGCAUGUAGGACAUGGAAAAGAUUAAGGCGAGUAUUUCAAAAUUGAAACAUUGACUGUGUAUUUGUACUUUCUUUCGGUCAUACUGUUUCCAUAUUGUUUUUGGAGAUCUGAACAAACAGAAUCCCAGAUAUGUUUGAUCUGCCUCCGGAGCCUCUGUGUCUGCUUCGUGCUUUCUGAACUCUAAACAGUGUUACUGUACAUACUGCCACAACAUGACCCAUUCCACUGUUAUCUGAAUACCUUACUGUACAGUUGUGGCCAGUUGCCAAAUGAUGAAGACAAGUUGUGACCAAAAACCUUUCUGUGCACUUUAGUUUUAACCGUACACUUUCUACAUAUUUUCCUGUUGGAGGCUAAACCAUUUUGUUCAGGAGGCAAAACAAAGCAUGAAGCUCAAGGGCAGAAAAAUAAAGCCAGUGAAGUGACAAAAACUGCAGGCCUCAGCUAAAAUUGUUUAGCUAAAUGGAGCCACUAAACUAGAUUCUGACCAUAUUUGUGGUGUUGGUGCUGUUUUGAGUAUUUUAAUGCAUUUAUCUGACAAAUUUCACAGCCUGGUCUGUGGCAGAGAAGUGUAUUUCACUUUUGGUGAGUAAAAUCUAGUAGUUUAUUUAUCGAUAUCCAUAAUCUAUGGAUUUAGAUAACAACUUAACACUCUAGUCUUUCACUCAAAUAUGGUCAUUUUUGGCUCCAAAAAUGGCUCUAGUAGCCAUAAUAGUGAAUUACAGGCCUAAAAACAGGACAAUGAUUGGCGUCAAGAUGUCCAUGUCAGUUGUUUUUAUGCAGUCUGAGGUCCAAACAUGUUCAGAUGUACUGUACUUUUUUUAGAAGCAUGCUAUGGAUUAUGAGUUCUGAAAAUACCUAGAAAAUCUGAAAUGGGUCCUAAAUAGUUUUUACACGAUAGCUGAAGAGUGUAAACAUAUUGCUAUUGCAUCUUUCUUGAAAUCUGUUUUUGGAUGGAUUUGUUGGGUGUGACCUUCAUCUUUACCUUAAGGAAUGGGUUGAGCAGUUCCUUCUUCUCCCACACCUCAAACAGCGGUGCUUAAAGCCUGUUAGCAUAUCUGUGCCACAGAUUUCUGGACAAAUGUUUCCCAAAUCUGGGGCAAAUAGAAAAUGCAAAGUACUGUUUCUGUUGAUUCUGGUAAUGAUUUGUUGAGUAUGGUUUCAUAUAAAUGUCCCAAGGGUGUUGUUCCUUAAAAUAUGUGUUUACAUUGUUCCUUUUUUAAUCAUUGUUCAAACCAGAACUUCAUGCAUUUCAAUAAAAGUGCACUUCUUUUC